GGGUGGAAAGGAGCUCGCGAAAUAAAAGUGCAGCAACGAGCCGGUGGCUCCCAGAGCGGCCGGGGCGGGCGCGUCGGGAGCCCCCAAGGCAGCGCAGCGCGGAGCCCACCUGCCCCCGGGAGCUGCUCGCCCCUCGCUCCGCACCUCUCCCCCGGCACCCAGCCGCCCUGCUAGGCGCACGCCGAGGCUUUUCUCCUUCCCUUCGACUUCUCCUCCAGGACUUUUCCACCGCCGCUGGGACAGCCGCAAACUUUUUUUUUUUUUUCCCCCCUUCCCUCCCACCUUCGCUGGUGGUUUUGUGCUUUGUUGUUGUUGUUGUUUUGCUCUUUUUAUUUUUUAUUUUUUAAUUUUUUAUUUUGUUGUUGCUAUUAUUUAUUUAUUUUGGGGGAAGACCCGCCUGCGUUUCAACCUCCCGUGGCCCCAGCGGAGAGGCCGGGAGCGGCUCCGGCAGCACCUCCCCGGCGCACCGCGUGCGAGCCCGGCCCGGCACGGCUCGGCACGGCUCGGCUCGGCCCGGCACGGCACGGCUCGGGCUUUCGCCCCCGAUAAUGCAGAGCUACAAGUACGACAAGGCGAUCGCGCCGGAGAGCAAGAACGGGGGUAGCCCGGCGCUGAACAACAACCCGGCCAAAGGCAGCAGCAAGAAAGCGCUGCUCAUCUGCCUCGACUUCCUCUGCCUCGUCAUGGCUGGGUUGCCCUUCCUCAUCAUUGAAACGAGCACAAUCCAACCCUACCAGCGGGGCUUCUACUGCGAUGAUGACAGCAUCAGGUACCCGCUGAAGUCGAUGGAGACGAUCAACGACGCAGUACUGUGUGCUGCGGGCAUCCUCAUUGCCAUCCUUGCUAUCAUCACGGGAGAGCUGUACCGCAUCCACUACCUGAAGGAGAAGUCACACUCCUUUAUCCAGAACCCCUACGUGGCAGCGCUCUACAAGCAGGUGGGCUGCUUUGUUUUCGGCUGUGCCAUCAGCCAGUCCUUCACAGACAUUGCCAAAGUGUCCGUCGGGCGCUUGCGGCCGCACUUCCUGGAGGUUUGCGACCUGGAUUUCUCCACCAUCAGCUGCGGGAAGGGGGUUUACAUCCAGAACUACACCUGCAGGGGAAGCGACAGCAAGGUCCAGGAAGCCAGGAAAUCCUUCUUCUCCGGGCACGCGUCCUUCUCCCUCUACACCAUGCUGUAUUUGGUGUUUUAUCUGCAGGCCAGGUUCACGUGGAAGGGCGCCCGCCUGCUCCGUCCCCUGCUGCAGUUCACGCUCAUCAUGAUGGCGUUUUACACCGGCCUGUCCCGCGUGUCAGACCACAAGCAUCACCCCACUGACGUGCUGGCGGGCUUUGCACAGGGAGCCCUGGUGGCUUACUGCGUGGUGUUUUACGUCUCAGACCUCUUCAAGCCCAAGACAAAGACCUGCCUGCCGCCGCCCCCCAUCCGGAAGGAGAUCCUUUCACCUGUGGACAUCAUUGAACGCAAUAACCAUCACAACAUGGUGUAGGCCUUUGAGAAAUCGGAUUGGCGUUGUAUUUUAUUUUAUUUUUUAUUUUUGCAUAAAAUGACUGCUGACAGCGACUACCUGCUGCUCUCAAAUCUCAUCAGACAGUAGAAUGUAGGGAGAGACUUUCUUGCCCGACCGGUAAAGUCUUACUCUGUGGUCUUUUCAACUUGCGACAUUUGGAGGAAAGGGGUGGUGGUCAACUAAGUCAGAAGCGACAGUGAGAAACAGACACACAACAAAAAGCCGAACAAGCAAAGAGAGGUGCCGGAGUCCUGGAUGUGCAAUUGGUUUGAGUGUUCAUGUUGUAGUGAACGCCAAAUUGUUCAUAGCGUAAUGAACACUAAGGGAUUUUGGAAAGCUGGCCAUCUUAGUCGAUGUGAUUUUUUUUUUUUAUGAUGAUGAAGAUGUCCAGUGCCUGCGAGGGGAAAAAAAACAACUCACAGUUGAUUUAUAUAGCACUAUGUAUGAGAAACAGCACUGAGUCAAGAUCUGGGAUUGGUUCGUAAGAGUUGCUUUUUUUUUUUUUUUUUUUUCCUAUUGGAUGCUAGUUUGUUUUUGCCUCCUCUGUUCCAUACUGUGACUUAGCGUAGAAGAAGCUUGCCCAGUCAAAGAUCUCCGGAGGGUCUCUGUUCACACUACCCACCUUUCACAAGCAGUCCUGAGACACGCAGCGAGGUUGAACAAACCCACCCUCGGUGCAGAAAGCCACAUUUCUUCCUUCCCGCUCGCUUCCUGGCGAGGCUUCAUCCUGCCUGAGCCACCGGGCACAUGCAGCAGCUGCAAAUGGCCUUAAAAUGGAAAAGAGCAUCCUCUGCUUCCCGGUCCUCCCCCCCUCAAAAUCGCAGCAGAUUUUCUGUGCGCUCACGGUUUGGGCAGCAGUGGCUCUGCCGGAGGCACGUUCGCACUACGACCUCGGGGCUGAGUCCUGGGGAAACUUUAAUUCUGCCGUUUCGGGACGGGCUGCUGGGCGGCACGUCCCAGCCUGGGUGUCAGUCGGUUCGUGCAUCCCCCCCCGCUUCUCCUGUCGGCGCCCCGGUGUGCGCUGCCGCCGCGGGUGCCAGGCGGAGUGCUCCACUCGGGGUCACAGGUGGGAAAUCAGUUGUGCCUCCGCCGAGUGAUUUUUUUUAUUAUUUUUUUUUUUUUUGCCCGGAAACCACAGGUUUUUGGCUUGCAGACCUUCACAGAGCGCGCUUGCAAAGGAUCACGCAAAGCAUGCAGAACGGCCAUUUGCACAUCCUUCGUACAGAAUCCGUCCUAUCAUUUCAACUAUAGCAAGCUAUGAUUUUUUUAUAUAUAAAUAUUAUAUAAAUAAUGUAUAAAACCUUAAAAAUUAACUAUGUAAAAUAUUAUUUCUGAAACAAUUUUAGAUAUAUCCACUAUGACUAUAAACUGUGUCCUGACCUGUGUUAUUUACAUUUUGCUGCUUAAAAAAGCAUUGAAUUAAUUUUUUAUAGUCGACUAAAAUAUUGUAGUUCUGUGGUAGUAAUAUUUUAAUGAAAAUAACUACAAUUAGAGACAUUUGUAUAAAAAAAAUCAUAUUAAAUUGUCUGUAUUUUUGUAAUGUUCCAUUUUGUAAAGAGAAGAAUAUUCAAAGACUUUUGUAGAAUACAAAAUUAAAAUUUGUAUCUGCGAAAUUAUUGCUGUAUAAAUGUGCUUUUUAAAUAAAAGCUCAUAACACAA